UCCUUCGUGGCUGUAUCUUUGUUAGUCAAACAUGAGCGAGGCCUUGGAACCAAGCAGAGAUAACAGUCGGGUACUUGGAGCAGAGAGAGCUACGUCCUGUUUUAUGUAAAACGAGAUCUCCACAGUACAAUCGAGCCAUUGUCGUAUAGUAUGCUGAGGCUGCUGUGGACCAUCUCAUGUGAGUCGCCUCCUGAGGACUUCAGGAGACCUACUGUCCUUGCCAAACUGCACUCUGUUUCACUGCGGGUUUGGGGUCCAGUCUGUUUCCUGAGAUGUUCUGAGGCUGUAGGACAGAAGAGAACCCAUUCAUCAGGAACCAGUGUGUUCAUAGCGAGAUGGACGGGUCAACUGCUGUCGUCGCCCGCGGCUUUAAAUGUCCUCUGCCAUGGCCAAGCGUGAGGCUGGAAGCACCAGUCCCGUGGUGCGUCAGAUAGACAAGCAGUUUCUGGUCUGCAGCAUCUGUCUGGAUCAUUACCGUAACCCCAAGGUCCUGCCGUGCCUGCACACCUUCUGCGAAAGUUGUCUCCAGAACUACAUUCCCCCUGAGUCACUCACGCUUUCAUGUCCAGUGUGUCGGCAGACGUCCAUCCUCCCAGAGAAAGGAGUCUGUGCUCUACAGAACAACUUCUUCAUCACUAAUCUCAUGGAGGUCCUUCAACGAGACCCAGAGUGCUCUCGACCAGAGUCCUGCAGUGUCCUGGAGUCAGUGAGCGCAGCAGCAGCAGGAAAACCGCUCUGCUGCCCAAACCACGAGGGAAAGGUGAUGGAGUUCUACUGCGAGUCGUGCGAGACGGCCAUGUGUCUGGACUGCACCGAGGGCGAGCAUCGGGAGCACGUGACUGUCCCUCUGCGGGACGUGGUGGAGCAGCAUAAGGCUGCGCUGAAGACGCAGCUGGACGCGAUACGAAGCAGGCUGCCUCAGCUCACAGCCGCCAUCGAGCUGGUGAGUGAGAUUUCUCGCCAGCUGAACGAGAGGAAGAAUGACGCGGUGGCGGAGAUCACGAGUACGUUCGAGGAGCUGGAACGGGUGCUGCAUCAGCGCAAGACGGCCCUCAUCACGGACCUGGAGAACAUAUGCGGCGCCAAGCAGAAGGUGCUGCAGGCCCAGCUCUCCUCUCUCCUUCAGGGGAGGGACCACAUCCAGAGCAGCUGCAGCUUCACGGAGCAGGCGCUCAGCCACGGGAGCGCCACUGAGGUUUUGCUGGUUCAGAAGCAGAUGAGUGAGCGGGUGACAGCUCUGGCCCGGCACGACUUCCCAGAGAGGCCGCAUCAGAACGCACACCUGGACUGUCAGGUGGAGACCGAAGGCCUGCGACGCUCCAUCCAAAACCUGGGCGUGCUCGUCACCACGGCAGCCGUGGCGCACACGUCCGUGGCCACAGGGGAGGGCCUCCGGCACGCCGCCACUGGGCAGCACCACACCGUUACCGUGACAACGAAAGACAAAGACGGGGAGCUGGUCCGGACCGGUAACGCUGUUUUAAAGGCAGAGAUACUGUCGGCGGACGGGAACCGCGCUGCCGAGGCGGAAGUCACCGACAACAAGAACGGGACGUACGAGGUGGGCUACGCGCUGCGCUCCGAGGGAGAGUACUCCUUCGCCCUGAUGCUCUACGGACAGCCCAUACGCGGCAGCCCCUUCCGCCUGCGGGCCGUGAAGCCCUCAGACGUUCCACAGUCCCCGGACGACGUGAAGAGGAGGGUGAAGUCCCCCAGUGGCACCGGCGGCCACAUACGGCAGAAAGCGGUGCGGAGGCCCUCCAGUAUGUACAGCACCACCAAGAAGAAGGAGAACCCCAUCGAAGACGAGCUCAUCUACAGAGUGGGCUCCCGCGGCCGAGAGAAGGGAGAGUUCACCAAUCUACAGGGAAUCUCAGCCUCCAGUAACGGCAGAGUGGUGGUGGCUGACAGCAACAACCAGUGCAUACAGGUGUUCUCCAACGACGGACAGUUCAAAAUGCGCUUCGGGGUCAGAGGCCGAUCUCCAGGGCAGCUGCAGCGACCCACCGGCGUCACUGUCGACAUGAACGGUGACAUCGUGGUGGCGGACUACGACAACCGGUGGGUCAGCAUCUUCUCUUCUGACGGCAAGUUCAAGAAUAAGAUCGGUGCAGGCCGCCUCAUGGGCCCUAAGGGCGUGGCCGUGGAUAAGAACGGACACAUCAUCACUGUGGACAACAAAGCGUGCUGCGUCUUCAUCUUUCAGUCCAACGGGAAGCUUGUGACUAAGUUUGGGGGUCGGGGGACGUCCGACAGACAGUUCGCAGAAAAACUUGGCCCAAACUUAAAUAAAUCUGGCUCAGUUUUCAGUCCACACUUUGUUGCCGUGAACAACAAGAAUGAAAUAAUCGUGACAGAUUUUCACAAUCACUCUGUAAAGGUGUACAGCGCAGACGGAGAGUUCCUGUUCAAAUUCGGCUCUCACGGCGAAGGCAACGGCCAGUUCAACGCUCCCACUGGCGUGGCCGUGGACGCCAACGGAAACAUCAUUGUAGCCGACUGGGGCAACAGCAGAAUCCAGGUGUUCGACAGCACAGGCUCCUUCCUGUCCUACAUCAACACCUCAGCCGACCCGCUGUACGGCCCCCAGGGUCUCGCCCUCACCUCGGACGGACACGUGGCCGUGGCCGACUCUGGCAACCACUGCUUCAAGGUUUACAGAUAUCUGCAGUAGGCAAAGACACAGCUCCCUCAGAAGUUAAUAUCACAUCCCGCCCGUGGACGUAGCUCUGCAACAUGCUUGCACACUCCAGCGACCAGGAAAUUAACCUCUAGAACAAGAUGUAUUAGAACCGGGAGCUCACCAUUAGACCCGCUGCCACUCUCAGCAACCAGCAAACAAAGCGAGACGCCAGGAGAGGGGACGCUGAUGCUUUGUGACUGAGGUAACGAUGCUCAGGACUUUGCUUGAACACUGUUGCAAACAUGCCUCCAAAAACAAAUGACCCCGUGCUCACUGCCUUACGGUUUCUCACCAGUAAACUCAACAGAACUCAUGCAGACAGGAAUGUGUCGUUUAAAUCAAUUUCUUUCACGCUCUGCACCUUAUUAUCCUGAUCCUCCUUCAACACAACCCCCCCCCCACACACACACACUUUUAUUUUAUAUAUAUGCAAGUUCCAUUCGUACCCAAAGAACAGCGUCAGCAGAAGCACAACAGUCGAUUAGGAAGCCUGCGCCCCUUCAACAUAAAGUCUCCCUUCCAGCUCGUCUCUCUCUUAAUUAACCAAAAGGAACGUCUUUUUUCUGACCCUAGUAAUUCUUGCACUUUUGUAUAUUCACAUCGAUCCUAAUGUAAUUGUACAUCGUAGAGGUAUAUUUACAGCCCUGGCUCUUGUUUUCCAGAUGUGGCGCGUACAGUAGGUCUGGUCUCCAUAUCAUUUCUCUAUAUAGCCUGCUUAUUCCAGCACUCAAUGCAUCCACAGUUCCAACACUGGAUUAUAUGCUAAUGCAUUAGAGGGUCACACCAAGUAGUAGCCAACUGAUUUAACUGCAGUGGAAGCUGUGUAUGUAAUUUGCUGUGAUUUUUUUUUUUCAAAACUCUUUAAUUUAUUUGUAGUUUUCUUUUCUAUAUAAUUUGUUCUAAAAGUUAUUUUUUUAAUUGGUGCAUAAGGUGCAUAAUUGGUAAAUGUCUCCCUUUGCCAAACAUUGUUGUACAUAGGCCUUGUAACUUGUAGCACUGAAAGCUCCUCUCCUCCUUUCGCUUCUCCUCGACAAGCUCUCAUCCAGUUAACGGUAACUUAUCCUUCUGCCAAAAUGUAUUGUAAGCUGUUGGAACAUUGCACAAAAUACAAAUAUUCUAAGAGUUAUAUAGUUUGUAAGAGUAAUAUAUGCCUCCGUCUAUAGUUAUCCUUUAACAUAAUCCAAAAGUGUACCGUAUUUUACAACCGUAAUCUUGUGGCUGACAAGCACCUUUAUCAUCGGUUUCAGUGUCUGUCGUCAUUUGCUUUGUAGUCGUGUUUUUUUUUUUUUUUGACUCAGAAAAACGCAACACCAGCUAACACACAGUGAAAUUAACCGUUUGUCCCCAUUCAUCCUUUUAAUUUUCCUAUUAGCAAAUGAGUUUUGUGUUUAUUUGGUUGUAUUUCUACCAGUUGUCUCUCCACCUGUAACUGUUCCUGACUAGCACAUACUGUAUCAUGUUCAAAUGGAAGCACAUCCAGUAUAAAUAAACUCUGCAUCAACCAUGUUGUGUUGAUGCAUCUUGUUCUACAGUAAUCCUAAAAUACUAAAACCUCCAGGGCAAAUGGUCUGUUUUGAAUAAUCUACUGUUAAUGAAUGCAUCAUUUCAAUGUAUAAGUAAUACAUAGUUGUUGAUAAAUUAUAUGAAUAAAAUGACAUGUAUGCUUGUUAUUGGCAGAUAAACAUA